UUUUAUUGGAGGUUAGCGCCUACUUUCCUAAUGGCUAGCUGCGACUCUCCACAGCUCAGCCAGUUUGAGGCAGUUUGCAUGACAAUUAACAGCUAGAUCGAACUACAAGAUUGAUAACUCUUAAAACACAGUGAGCUUCACAUGUUUGUGUCGUUUUACCGAGCCAUGUAACUCUACCAGUGAGGACAAACGUUAACACACAUUGGGUCAGUGUUGCGUCUUAUGGACUGCCACUUUCAACCAAAACAAUGUUGACAGACGACCUGUGGACACAUACCAACAAUCAGUCAUUUCAAGGAUGGAUAAAGGUGGAGUGAAAGAUAACAUAUAGAAGAGAUGACCAUUUAAGCAAGUUAGUCUACACUGAAAGCCCUGAGGAGGGAGGUCUAUUAAAAGUGUCUCCUCACAGUGCCAUGUCCAUCACCUCAGUCGUUCUUCCAUCCACCCCGUUGAUGCAGCCAGGUCAGGUGCCUAACGGCCUCAGCAACAGCCACCUAACAGAGCUCUCCUCCGCCUCCGUCACUUCCACUGUUGGACCCUUAUUGGAAGACCCAGAGCCCAGAGGCCUGAUCAAAAUCCAAAAGCUUCACCAGCAGCACUUUCUCCAGACACAGACUUCCACUACGUUCGGGCGUCAACACUUUAGGGAAAGUUUGCCCCAGUUGGAGGCCAGUACAGCAGAUAUUAACCAAUCCUGCAUGGAUUCACUUAUUGGAGGAUCAGAUCCCAAUUUCUUCCACACGAAAACAGAAGAUUUUUCAAUGGAUAGAGGUGAUCAGGAUCCCAUUGACCUUGAUCAUGCCUUUGAUCACAUUGGAAAAGAUGUUGAUGUGACCCAGAAAUUUUUCACAGACAACACUCUGGACCUGCUCCAAGACUUUGAGCUCACUGGGUCUCCCUCAGAUUUUUAUGUAGGGGAUGAUGCCUUCCUGUCCACUCUUGCAGCCGAUACUCUGCUUGGAGACGUUAGCUCAGAGAGAGACAUAAAGCCUUCCCUGGUUGAGAGCAUUAACAGCAGUGGGGCAGUCUCAGUUUCUCUCAAUGGCAGCAGUAUGACAAGUCCAGGUCAGUCCAGCCCAAGCAUAUCCACAACGUCCUCCUUAACCCCUACAGCCACUUUGUCUGCAAAGGUAAAGAAAGAAAAAGAUGCUGGCUUCAUUCAGCUCUGCACCCAAGGCGGGAUCAAACAGGAAAAGACGUCUGCAGGCCAGAGUUAUUGCCAAAUCAGUGGCGCGGCCUCCACAGCAUCCAUGUCCACGUCUAACACCAUCUCCAUCUGUGGGGUGAGCACUUCAAGUGGACCAAGCUACCACUUUGGAACCACCUCCAGCAGCAAUGGAGCUCAUCAGCAGAAGGAUCAGAAGCCGGUGUCCAGUCUGUUUCUCCCAGUGACGACCAUCGGCGGGGCCUGGAGCCGAAUCCAGAAUAUCGGGGACAACUCCGCCAUGCUCCGGGCCAGUGAGGCAUUCUCCAGCUCCUCCUCUUACCCCAUCAGCUUUUCCAGUUCUACCUCCAGACAGGAAAUUGUCCCUGCACAGUCCUCGACAAAAAGUGGGACUCAUAAGAUCUGCCUGGUGUGCUCUGACGAGGCCUCAGGCUGCCACUACGGUGUCCUCACCUGUGGCAGCUGCAAGGUGUUCUUCAAGAGAGCAGUGGAAGGUAAAGGGCAGCAUAAUUACCUGUGUGCUGGGAGGAACGACUGCAUCAUCGACAAGAUCAGGAGGAAGAACUGCCCCGCCUGCCGCUUCCGCAAGUGUCUGAUGGCUGGCAUGAACCUGGAAGCGCGAAAAACCAAGAAGCUGAACCGCUUAAAGGGCGCCCAGCCGAGCAACCCCCCCGAGCUCAAUCCCUCUCCUCCAAUCGAGACUCGGUCCCUCUUACCCGUGAAGUCCAUGCCUCAACUUGUCCCCACCAUGCUGUCCCUGCUGAAGGCCAUCGAGCCGGACACCAUCUUCGCCGGCUACGACAGCACCCUGCCCGACACCUCCACCCGCCUCAUGACCACCCUCAACAGGCUGGGGGGCCGGCAGGUCAUCUCUGCCGUCAAGUGGGCCAAGGCUCUGCCAGGCUUCAGGAACCUGCACCUGGACGACCAGAUGACUCUUCUUCAGUGCUCCUGGCUCUUCCUCAUGUCUUUCGGCCUGGGCUGGAGAUCCUACCAGCAGUGCAACGGCAACAUGCUGUGCUUCGCCCCAGACCUCGUCAUCAACGAGGACCGGAUGAAGCUGCCUUACAUGGCCGACCAGUGCGAGCAGAUGCUGAAGAUCUCCAGCGAGUUCGUCCGCCUGCAGGUUUCCCACGACGAGUAUUUGUGCAUGAAGGUGCUGCUGCUGCUCAGCACAGUGCCAAAGGACGGCUUGAAGAGCCAGGCGGUGUUCGACGAUAUUCGGAUGUCGUACAUUAAGGAGCUGGGGAAAGCCAUCGUGAAGCGCGAGGAGAACUCCAGCCAGAACUGGCAGCGGUUCUACCAGCUCACCAAGCUGCUGGACUCCAUGCACGAGAUGGUUGGUGGGCUGCUGAGCUUCUGCUUCUACACCUUUGUGAAUAAAUCCCUGAGCGUGGAGUUCCCGGAGAUGCUCGCCGAGAUCAUCAGCAACCAGCUACCAAAAUUCAAGGCCGGGAGCGUCAAACCUCUCCUCUUCCAUCAGAGAUGAUGGAAGAGGAGAGGCCCCGUGACGGACACAAUGCCUUAAACCCCCCCCCCCNCCCCCCUCUUCCACAUCAUCUCCUCACCGAUCCCAACCCCCCCACCCCGAAGAGCGACGAUGUACGGACCGAGGAUCCAAGGCGAGGAGUGAAUGAUGUCUGUGGGAGGGAGUAUGCAACUUUGUGUAGAGUGUAGGAACCAGAGGUGUGUUUAGAGAUUAUCACAAAGAGAUAAAAGGUUACAUCCAUGUCGUCUCAGGUUUCAUCCCGUCAAACAGAACCAUAGCGACGAUAGAUCAAAUAAAUAUCUAUGUAUAGGUUCUGAUAGUAUUUUCUACAUUUUCAAAUUGUAACAGUUUAUACAGUUUUCCAGAUCGUUGUUACCUGGGAAGGGGCGAAGCUUAAUUAACAACAUGCUCUUACGUAGGCUCUUAGACUGUGAGCUCCUCUUUAAGUUGUUAGAGGAGUCGGUAACACAAUGUUUAUCAGUCAUGGGGAGAAACUCUGAAAAGCAUUGCUUUUAUUGAUACCUUGGACAAAAGAAACAAUCUGUUGGAUUGUUGUUAGACGAUUCCUCCCACAGGCCGACCUCCUCCAGGUUUACACACGUCUUUACAAAAGGGAAAUAAUAUGUGCCUUUUUGCUUCAUAUAUCAUCCUAGCCAUGUCCUCUUCCUGCUCAGCCCACCAUGGUAUACCUUCAUCGUAUGCUGAUUGUACUUUUUAUGUUACAUGCCGUUUCCUUUUUUAUUAAACGGCUGUGUUUAUCUUAAGAAGUGGCUGCUUGGCCCACCCUCCGUGUGUAGAAAUGAUCCUUAUCUUUAAGAAAUAAUAUUUGAAGCCUGCUUCCUUCUGCCGCACACUCAACUCCUUAACUGUGUUUUGAGCACUUUGCACCCAGCUUAAGGCUUUAAAAGACUGUGAAGAAAGACUGUUCUGCUGAAUCAGUCUUUACUAUAUAACUUUAGAUGGAAGUUAUACAACUUUUUCUAUAGGAAAUAGCCGGCUUUCAUAUUUAUGUUAGCCCCCCCUCGUGCCCCAGAAGUCUAAUUAUGGAAUGUGUUAGAUACUUGCGUCUGUCAAUCAGAGAAGGGAGGGCGUGUUUUAUUGUGUUUGCAAGAUUAUGUCAUUUUUUAUUAAUCAGCAAACUCAUUUCUGUGGUUCUAAUGUUGCUUAAACUGGUUGGGAAAUAGCCGUCGUUCAUUUUUAAACGUCUUUUUAUAGUUUUUUUUAAACUGACCGACCUGCAGUCAUAUUUCUGCCACUGAUGAUCCUUCUGCGACAGUAUAUCCACGCUUGCAAUGAGCAUCUGACUUUGGAUAUUUCAUUAUUAAAAGCCUUUGCAUUGUUGCUUUGCUAUUUUGUGAAAGGAAUAGUUUGACAUGAGUUGAAAAGCAUUAAUUUGAUUUAUUGUAGAGGAGAUUAAUGCCGUAGAUAUGUUGCUGGAGUCACCAGUUAGCUUAGCUUAGCAUAAAGACUGGAAGUGAAUAAACCGCUGGCCUGGCUCGGGCUAAGGAAGAUGGUCGGACACUUAACCGCUAUCAAAAAAAUAAAAGUAUUUUAGUUUUUGUAUUGAUUUACCAAACAACAUAAUAUGUGUAUACAUGGUUGCGUAUUCUUAAACAAACCCACGCUAGCUGUUUCCAGUUGUUAUGCUAAGCUAAAUAGCUCCUGGCUGUAACGUCAUUAAACGGUCAGUCUUACCUGCGAUAAAAUUUAAAAAGAGCAAAUGUUGAACUAUUCCUUUAAACUGGCUUGUGUGCCAGGUUGCUUUAUGGAUCAGGCGUUGGCAGAUUCAUCCCCCUGUGAACCUCCUUGACCUUUGACCCCUCCUGUUUAAGCCUUCUGCUCUUCUAACGCCCGGUAGGCACCUUGUGUUAAUGUCUGUGCGUCCACAUGCUUACCCGUCUGUCUGUUAGCCAGUGGAGCCCCCAUGUUUGAAAGCACUAAGCCUCAGUCACCUCAUAGAGUCGUGUCCCAGUGAAAGUGUAGCGUCACUGACCGGGAGGCUGGCAGGAUCGAUCCUUUUUAUUCUCUGGGAACUUUUUCAGUGCCAAACACCUGUUUUGUCUGUCUUUAAGUGAUGCCGGAAGUUGGUCAGUGUUUGCAUCGAAAGCAGGAAACGAGUCCCAGUAUUGAAGCUUAUACUUAAGUUUGAAAUGUAUGAGCUUCUGUGAUUGAGGUCGUCAUUGAUGAGCGAUUACUUUUUGUUUGUGAUACAAGGCACUCGGAUGUGUUUUGAAAUCACACAGAAUACCGUAGGUCUGUCAUUACCCCUUUCUUUGUGUGUUGUGUAAGUGGGUGGGAGUUUUAACCCAUUUUAAUCAGAUCAGUUUGUCAUGUUGUGUGUUUAAAGCACAGAAAUAAUCCAGGUUUUGACAUGAAUGUUGGCCCUAAAGGGGAUUUAUUUGAAUUGUAAACAAAAUGCUCUUGACAGUUUAAAAGAAUUGGACACAUAGGUCAAUUGAGCGACUACAGAGUGCUCACUUAAGAAUGGAAAAUGUCAAAUAGUUUUUGCUGUUGCUAGAUUAUCUCAACAACAAACAAGAAAGCAGUCAUUAUAAAUGUUGAACCGCUUCCCAUGCUCAGGUUGUUGAAAUGAUUCUCACGGUGCGUGGUUGUCCAUGUUUUAUGUCCUGACUUCAAGAACCAAAAAGAGUGUGUCUGCAUCCCAAAAUGUUUCUGCUUCUGUGAUUUAGGGUGUGUGUGUUUAUGUUUUUGUCAGGAUUGCAAACGUUUUAAGAAGGUGCUGCCACCAUCUCUUUCAUACUUCGCCUCAGAAACAUAUACUAGUUAUUUUUCUUUCAGAUGUUUAUUCAAAACCAUGUUCAUUAACUGCAUAGUGAUUACUCAUGGGUUACUUUCACAUUCAGUGAAUCCAAAACUGCUGCUGCUCAUUUUAACAGGAUUAUAUAUAAUAUGUAUAUCGCACACUUGCCUCAUAGCUCAAAUGUAUUCUUAUUUACUUUUUAGUACAUUGUUGAGGAGGACAACUGAAUAUGCAAUAGAAAUGACAGCUCAUCUGUCAUGAUCACAUUACAAAAUAUGGUCACUUCCUCUUUUUUUCCCAGUAUAAGCUAUUUGCAUACAGGAGAUUUACAUUUAACAAUAUCUCUGCAGGUCAGAUUUUCAGGAAAUAAUACACUUUGUCAAUAAUAAGUCUACACGGACUGAACACAAAGCCUAUUUUUUGUUUGACUACAAGGUGACCAAAGCAAACACAGACAAAUUCAACACGUGUCGGUUUAAACUAUGUAGCUACUAGAAAACAAAUGUAAAGUUCGUUGUUUGUUUUUUUUAAACACAUCUUUUUACUCUUACGUGACAGCUUUGGUCAAAUUGUGUAAUACUGUGAAUAGGAUAGGAUUCAGUCUUUUCACACAAACUGUUUGUGAAAGUAAUCAACCAGCGUGAAUCUAAAAAAAGAAAUUUGCACUACCCAAAUAUUGUUUGAAAAUCUAUUUUGUAUAAAGCAUAUGCAGACAUUUCUGAAAUAUCAAGGGCCGAACAUGUUUCACUGGUAUAUGCUUUCUCUAAAAAUAAACUUUGUUCUGCUUAAAAAUUUGAAUUUGUACAUAUAAUCCAUUGUAAAGAACGUGGUGUAUUUGUCUCCAAAUAAUAGUUUUUCUAUACCAACCCCUCUGUAUUAUUUCUCCUGUAGUGUGUCUCCUGUUGAUCUUGUCCUCCAUUGAUUAAAGGUCAAACUGUA